GGUGUGCGCAGCCGUGAGGACGCGCCUGUCUGCUUGCGCGCGCUGGAACCCGGACUCUUGAGUGGAAACCGAAGACGCACGUGGGAGGAACGCGUGGAGCAUGAAGAGGCAGGGAGCCUCGUCCGGGCGGAAGCGAGCGCGGAUACCGUCCGGGAAGGCGGGAGCAGCAAAUGGGUUUCUUAUGGAAGUGUGUGUUGAUUCAGUGGAGUCAGCUGUAAAUGCAGAAAGAGGAGGUGCUGAUCGCAUUGAAUUAUGUUCUGGCUUAGUGGAAGGAGGAACCACACCCAGCAUGGGUGUCCUUCAAGUAGUGAAGCAGUAUGUCCAGAUACCAGUUUUUGUGAUGAUUCGGCCGCGUGGAGGUGAUUUUUUAUAUUCAGACCGUGAAGUUGAGGUGAUGAAGGCUGACAUUCGUCUUGCCAAACUUUAUGGUGCUGAUGGUUUGGUAUUUGGGGCACUGACUGAAGAUGGACACAUUGACAAAGAACUGUGCAUGUCCCUUAUCGCUAUUUGCCGUCCUCUGCCAGUCACUUUCCACCGAGCCUUUGACAUGGUUCAUGAUCCAAUGGCAGCUCUAGAGACCCUCUUAACUUUGGGAUUUGAAAGAGUAUUAACCAGUGGAUGCGACAUUUCAGCACUAGAAGGACUACCCCUAAUAAAGCGACUCAUAGAUCAGGCAAAAGGCAGGAUUGUGGUAAUGCCAGGGCUCAGUGAUAUUACUGUACCACCAAGAAAAAGAGUUAAUGAGUCUGAAAGAGUGUGGGGUGGCAUAACAGACAGAAAUCUACAAAGGAUCCUUGAGGGUUCAGGUGCUACAGAAUUCCACUGUUCCGCUCGGUUGGCUAGAGAUUCAGGAAUGAAGUUUCGGACUCAGAAGAGUAUUAUUCUCUCCAGUGCACAUCUUUUUAUGCUAGCCCAUUUUAUUCUCUUGUUUUAUGACCUAUCAAAAAUAUAUUUUAUGGGCCUCCCUGGUGGUACAGUGGUUAAGAAUCCACGUGCCAAUGCAGGGGACACGGAUUCAAGCCCUGGUCCGGGAAGAUCCCACAUGCACGGAGCACCUAAGCCCGUGUACCACAACUACUGAGCCUGCAUGCCGCAACUACUGAAGCCUGUGCGCUGGGAGCUGUGCUCCACAACAAGAGAAACCACCACAGUGAGAAGCCCGUGCACCGCAAUGAAGAGUAGUCCCCGCUCGCCGCAACUAGAGAAAGCCUGUGCGCAGCAACAAAGAUCCAACGCAGCCCAAAAUAAAACAAACAAAUAAAUAAACAAAUUUAUGGAAAAAAAAGAUUCCAUGUCUUCCUUGAAGACAUUUAAAAUUUAUUAAUUAAUUUAUUUAAUGGGAUGAUGUGAAGUAAAGACCUAAAUUAAUUACUUUUUUUUUUUUUUUUGGCCUCUCCACGCAGCUUGUACGAUCUUCGUUCCCCAACCAGGGAUUGAACCCAGGCCAGCGCAGUGAAAGCACCAAGUCCUAACCACUGGACCACCAGAGAAUUCUCAAUUACUUCUUUUUUAUUCUAAUAUGCUUCUGUCUAAAAAACAUCAAACUGCUCAUCCAAUUCUCUCUAGUUUGUCGACAGUUAAAAGCUUAUUCUUUGACUCUACCAGGAACAUUAUUCUGUAGUGUCAAUAACUUUUACUAUUUUUUAAAGUACAUGUUCUUUUUAAAAACUACAUCUUUUAGUAGUUGACUCUUUUUCUGGUAGGCUUUAAAUCUAGCUCAAUGAGUUUAUUAAUUAUUUAAAUCUAUGCUUUGCAAUUUGUUUAUUCUUCCAGAAGAAUUUCAAUAUAUUUCAGGUUUUAAUAUUAAAAAAAUAUGUUUGCCAUAAGUAAAAAUAUUUUAAAAAUUAAUUACUUGUACAUCCCUUUUGGUCUCUGGUUAUUCUAAAUUUUUUUGUUUGUUUUAGCCGCACAAAAAUGUACAGAUCAUCUUGGGAGAGUUUGGAAGUAAUUAUUUGAUUAAUUCAUACUAUAGUUUUUAGUUUAUGCUAUAGGAGAUGAAUGUUAGACCCAAUUAAAAAUACAAAGGGAAAAAAUAUUUUUACUGUUACCACUGGAUAUCUAUUUUAAGAUAUUGCACAAGAAAGAAAACCUUUCUUAAGUUCAUAUGUAAUCAUUAACUAAAAGUAUGCAACUCUUUGGUUAUCUUGAACUUUGAACUUUUGUAGAUUCUUCAAAGUAACCUAAAUGCAACCACUUGUUAAUCAACAUUUGCUUACUAAGUAGAAGUGAUAGAGCAUAUUUUUCCCUGAGUCACUAUGAUCACAUGUUCCCUUCUACUGAAUUACCUCUAUGCAAUCAAUUAUUUACAGAAGACACACAUUGAGCCAUUAAGCAGAGAUUUUUGGAAACCAUUAAGAAGAGAUCUGGGAGAAAUCAUUUUACCCAAGACCAUCAGAGCUAAAGCCAGAAUCCAGCCUGGUUUCCUGACUCCUUAACAUGCUGCAGUCUUUCUUAGUAGAGUCUUUAAAUAUCAAUUAUUACACUUUAAAAGAGAGAAUUCACAGCACACCUCGUCUGAUAGAAUAGGAGCUUUCCUGAAAAUGUGCAUGUAUUUGACAUAUUCAGAUUACAUCUGCAGGGCAGUAGGAGAGCUUGUGAUUUAAAGAAAUCCUGUGGUGUAUCCUUGGGUAAAGGGAAUCAUCACACUAUUUUUGUCUUUGUGUAAAAUUUUAUAUACAUUAAAUCGUAAAAUCUUGGAGAUCUUCUAGUUGGACUUUCUCCCCAGAGCAUAUUUUCUCCAGUCUUUUCUACCUUGUAAAGGUGUGGGAGGACAUCUGUUGAUGUUUUUGCUGUACCAAUAUGGAGGAUUAUUCUUUGUAAGUUGUGGAAUGUAGGACAAUUUUCUUAACCUUUCUGAACCUCAGUUUCUUAAUUGGUAAAAUUGGAGUAAAAAUACCUAUCUCAUAGGAUUAUUGUGAGGAUUAAAUUACAUAAAAAUUUUAGAGUGCCUAACAUAGAAAUGUAUUUGUUAUUUAAGAAACCCAUGUGAGGUUGACAUAUAAGAUGUCCAUUAAAUGUGAGUUCUCUUAAUGCCUGUAGAUCAUUGAUAAAAAUGUUGAAGGUGCUGAAGCCACUGCAGACCCUUUUGGAAUGCCAGUAGAGAUCUUCCUCCGGUUAUAUCAUUUAUAUCAUUCUGUUAAUUUAUUUGAAUAUACAGUGGUUCAAGCAAUUAAAGGUCCAUGUAAAUAUGCACUCAUCCAGUCCAUAGAAAACAUGAUGUAUCUUGUCAGGUGCCUUGCUGAGUUCAAGAUACGCUACACCUGCUGCCCAAAAAGGAAAUUAAAUUAUGUCAAAGAGUGUCCUGCCUAUGUUUUCCUCUAGGAGUUUUAUAGUAUCUGGUCUUACAUUUAGGUCUUUAAUCCAUUUGGGGUUUAUUUUUGUGCAUGGUGUUAGAGAAUGUUCUAAUUUCAUUCUUUUUAUGUAGCUGUCCAGUUUUCCCAGCACAUAUUGAAGAGACCGUUUUUUCUCCAUUGUAUAUUCUUGCCUCCUUUGUUGUAGGUUAAUUGACCAUAGUUGCAUACGUGUAUUACUGGGCUAUCUUGUUCUGUUGAUCUAUGUUUCUGUUUUUGUGCCAGUACCAUACUGUUUUGAUUACUGUAGCUUUGUAAUAUAGCAUGAAGUCAGGGUGCCUGACUAACUAACAGUGUCUUUUGCAGAGCAGAAACUUUUAACUUCAAUAAAGUCCAGCUUAAUAAUU